AUGGCAAAGAAUACUUCUACCCGUGCUGCUGUCGCCAAGAGGCAAGCUUCCGUACCAGUGUCGAGCAGGAAGGCUGGUAAGGCUCCGGCCACAACCAAAAGCUCGUUGGCCAAGCCCUCGGAGCCUGAUGUCAUGGAAGGCAUCGAAGAUAGUAGCUCCGGCCUGUCAGAUGCCCCAAGCUCUCCUGAAGUUGUCUCCUCCAAGCGCAGGCGCAUUGGAGGUGCUGAGGCCAAGAAGCCUGUUGCCAAGUCUACCGGAAAAGCAGUUUCUCGUGAUGAUCAGGUCGACGAUGACACUGCCGAAGCUUCCACCGGAUCCAAACGCAAGAGGGGCGCUGGCGCCUCCUCAGCUGACAACGUACCGUCCAAGGCAACCCAGGCCGCAAAGACGUCGAAAUCCGCAUCUACAGCGCAGAAAGACGCAGUUCCCUCCCCUCCCAAUCCCGCCCCCCUUGUCCCUGUCUCCCGCGCCGAGAAGAUCCGCAAUUCAAGGCUUCUCUUCGACCAGGCUUUUGACAUGGAACCACUCAUUGCCGCCGCCAGAAAUUCUCAGGACUGUCUCAGUGCUGACACCAAACGUGAGUCUCGCCCGUUCAAGCUGGGCCGAUACGACGGCACCGUCGACCAAAUGACCAGGUUGGCAUUCAACCUCAAGUCCACCGAUGGCGACAUCAAGACCCUCUCCCACCCACCCCCCAUGGACUGGACCAACAAGCAAGCAAUCACCACGCUGAACAAGUGGUACGUCCAGAUCUACUCCCGCACAACCGGCGGCCGGCUCCGCCAAAUCGACAUCUUCAACGACGAGGAAAAGCUCCUCAUCAAGCACGAAGUGCAGAAGAACCGCUCCCUCACAAUGAGGGACCUCACCACCUCCAUCACAAAGACCCUCAACGACAAGUUCGAGGGCAAGAAGACCGCCACAACCCCGGAAGGCCGCCCCCGCCGCGGCAUCACCUCCGUCAACGCCUUCCUCAGCAAGUACCGCGCAGAGUACCAGGCCGCCGCCCCAGUCGCCUCCUCGUCCGCCGCGCCCUCCUCCUCCAGCUCCGCCGCCCGCCGCAUCACCGCCUCCCUCCCCCCAGCCCGCGUGCUGCCCAACUUCAAGAAGCACGCUUCCAAGCACGCCUCGCCGCCCUCGACCUCCUCCGCCACGCAGACCGACCCGGCCGCCCUCGCAGCCGACAGCAUCGCCCUGCCCGCGCACCACGCCGCCCUCGCGGCCAAGGACGCCCUCAUCGCCGCCCUCCAGGCGGACAACGGCCGUCUGCAGACGGACCUCGACCUCGCGCGCGCAAAGGUUGCCGAGAAGGCUGCGCGCGUCCGUGAGCUGCGGCGCGAGGUCCUGGUCAAGGAGACGAGCCUGGAGGGCAUGAGGACGUUCCACCGCCGGGAGAUGGCGGCGUUGAAGGGCGAGCUGCCGGCGCCCGGGAACGAUUUCAGAGACGCGGCGCUGAGGGAUGAGGAGGUGGAGGGGUUGGCGGAGAUUGUUCCGGAGGAGUUGGUGGAGGAGGAGGAGUUUGUCCGGGAGGAGGUGGUGGAGGAGUGA